GCAAGAGUAACCUCCGUUAUUAACCAUUGUGUGAUCAUUCAAUCAGUAAUUGAUAAAUAUCUACUCAUAUAGGAAAUAAUUAUAGGAUGAAUUCAGACAUACAGCUUAUGGCUCCCUGUUGGAAUCCCAAAGUGUGACUCAGGGUCCAUCGGCAGAUCUUAAAUCAUCAGCAGAUUAAAAGAAACCAAUCGACACGUUAAAACUUCAACUGUGAGACUUUAUAGUAAGUGCAGUGGAUUUGCUGUUUUCCCAAGCACAGCUGAAAUGCUCAUCAAUAGCUCCCCUAACGGUCUAAAAAACUUCCUGUCAUUCCUGGAAUUCUCCACAUCCCGUCUAUUCGUCAGUCAUGGGCAGUAAGACACUUCCAGCACCAGUUCCUCUUCAUCCCUCUCUGCAGCUGGCAAACUACUCCUUCCUUCAGACAUCCAACGGGCUGCAUCUGCCUGCCGACCACAUGCCCAGCAUCUACAGUUUCAGUGCCCUUCAUGCGGUCCAGCUGCACCAGUGGACUCUGGGUUACCCUCACUUCACUUUUCCGCGCUGUACCAUCUCCAAGCUGCCCGGCCUGGUGGACGCACGCUUUCCUCUACCCUCGAUUCCUCUGUUCCCUCACCUCGUCCAGCCCGCCAAGCAGGAUUCCCCUGGGCCGAACUCUGGAGCAUCUGCAAAGUCCAAACCCCGUUUUGACUUCGCCAACCUGGCAGCGGCCGCCACGCAGGAUGACGCCCUGAAGGCAGAAGAUCUGAGCACUAACGGCGGCCACAUGCGCUCGCCAUCAUUAGGCUGCCUGCUGGAUGUGGCCAAGCUCUCCUCGCCAGAAAGGAAGCCCAGCCGAGGACGACUCCCGUCCAAGACGAAAAAGGAGUUUGUGUGCAAGUUCUGUGGCCGUCACUUCACCAAAUCCUAUAACUUGUUGAUCCACGAGCGCACGCACACAGAUGAGCGGCCCUAUACUUGUGACAUUUGUCACAAGGCCUUCAGGAGGCAAGACCACCUAAGAGACCACAGGUACAUCCAUUCCAAAGAGAAGCCAUUUAAAUGCCAAGAGUGUGGAAAGGGUUUCUGUCAGUCCAGAACACUUGCCGUCCACAAAACAUUACACAUGCAGGUCAAGGAACUUAAACCGGCCAAGAUAAAGUGAGGCCAUCUGCCUACAUUAAUGGGACAAUAAAACUGAACCUAGUGAUACCAGCCAAUGAUGCUGACAUUCAAAGGCCACAGAUUUUACAUCUGAUGGCUGUGGACCUAUGCACAUGGCUUAACACAUCAAAGAUGGAUUAGACUUGACCAAAGAUCUUCCUGAAGACCACCAUAACCUACAGCCAUGAUGCCUUAAUGUUUGACUGAUGUAACAGAAUGGAUGAAAAGUCACGGACUCAGCAGAAGCUAAAACAUGGAUAUGAGAAUGUCAGACUGAUUUAUGUUUAGGAAAGAAACCAGAUGAAAUCCAGACCAGCGACACCAAAUAGAACAACUAGUGAGAUAUGUGAUUUUAGCCUGCACUGCUCCGUUCUGAACAAACUAUUGUUUUAUUUUUGUAAACAGUGGGUUUUUUAUAGAUAUGAUGACGUUGUUGUUGAUGAUGAAGGUAAACUAUGGAACCUAUGCAGUAAAUGGGUGCCUACAGCAGCUCUACAUUUAAAAUCCAAAGACAUUUUCAAAUCAUGUAAUUCCUCCUUUUGUACAGAUUCCCUUUUGUAUAACUAAUAUUUGGCACUUUAAUCUGAAUAUUGAUUAUUUACAUAUAUCACUGGAUUCCUUAAACUUAUUUUUGAAAAUAAAUAGUCAUUUCCUUAUCAAAA